AUGGCGCCCCCGAAGAUUCAGGUCAAGAGAAAGAGAAUCAACGACAAAGAAGUCAACUCGAACAAAGACAAGGCUCCUGCCAAAAGACAGAAACAGCAGCAAUCAAAGAACAUUAUCGACGACAAUGCAUCUGUCAUCAUUUCUUCCCAUCAGAAGACCAGCCCAGUCAUCGAUACUCCUACGGCUGAGCAAGAACCAAAGGUUGAGAGCGACGACGGUCAUGGCUUAUCAGCUGAGCAGUCUGUCAACAUUUCCCCGUUGACAGGAAAGAACCUGGAAACACUUUCCAGGAUGGCCGGUACCAAUAACCAAGCUCCUAUUGUAAGAGACCCAGAGAUGCAAGAGGUCCGACAUAUGAUCGAUAAUCACGAAGAGCGCUUCAUGUCGUUUUCUCGAGACAAUGAGGCUUGGAAAGAGAGGGCUGCCACUGAAGCCAAGGACACCCGAGAUCAUGUCCAGAAGCAGAUCAAUGAUUUCAGUCUUCGCAUGGACAAUCAGAUAGAGGGGAUCAAGGAUUUCUUCCUGCGCACUUUUCGUUCGGAAUUGAGCACCCAUCCUCUCAGCCAAGACGGACAGCAGACGAGCUCAUCCACCGCUCAUGCCCGUCCCCAACCGCUGUCAGAAGACACACAGCAUUGCUCAAACAUGCUCUCUUCUCCUCGCCCCCCACUGAAUUUGCACGACAUCACUAGAGGCGGAGAAACCAGUGCCAAUCUGCCAACCCACCCGCCUGCACACUCGGCUCCUAGCCAUGUCAUGGGAGGCCAUGGUCAAUACCAGGAGAACAAUGGAUCCUUCAUUCCUUCUCAGCAGCACUUUGGACAGACCCUAGCUCCCAUGCACAUGCCUACUCCCUCUGUUGUCCCCGAAACUUCCAGCAACAUGACGCAAGGCCCAUGGGCUGUUCCACGGGUGUCGGACUUGUUUGCCCUCAAACCCAGUCACACCGCCGGUCACGGAAGUCUCUAUCCUCAGAUGGCUGCCCCUCCUCCUAUCUUUCCCUCAUCUUUUCACUUGAACACUAGAGGCCAAGCGUGUGAGCCACAGAUUCCUCGCUAUUACACCCGUCAAGCUGAACGCAAUGCCGCACUUGGCCGACUUCCAUUUGCAGGACAAAAGCAGAACGCUCGAACUACUUCAAUGGUACAUGGCUAUUAUGAUGACUACGAAGACUGCGAUGAUUACGACGACGAGGAUUAUUGCGACGACCAGACUUACAAGGAUCCAAACAGCUCAGGUAUUUUGGGAGAAGUUGACGGUGCAGAUCUUCAAAAGGCCGUCGAUGAGCUUGGCCUUGCCUCCGAAGCUUACACUACUAGUCCCAAGUUGACCAAGGAAUCGUAUCAGACCCUCCUCAGAACCUUUGACUUUGCCAAUAUCGGAUUGCUCGAGGCUUUUUCCAAGAUGGAUGACCGUCGACAAGUCAGGGAAUAUGUCAUAUUCUGCGAUAUUUCCCAUCCCUCCAUGUGGAUCGACUACGUGAUUCAAGUCAGUGAGACGGCCUACUCAAUGAUGGAGCAUGCCCCGCAGGUCAACUACAGGCGUCUUCCGCCUCUUGAAGACAGAGACCUGAGCCGCCUACGAAUUAUCAGACUCAGAUACGACGCUGAUCUAUUGAGCCCCAAGCAGUCAAUCAUCUUCCAGAAGUGGCGCGAAGAACACCAGCCCCCCACCUAUGUUCUGGAGAUUGGAUCACUGGUUCUGCGACAUAGGUACACCAAGAAGAUGAAGGACAAGCUCCAUGACACAGACUUGAGCUUGGUCAUGGACGUGGUGCAUCCGGAUCGGCCCGUCUGGCUGAUACUGCGCCCCGGAUGGAAGGAAUCGUGUCGCAAGACGUCCAAGACGGUGCGCGAUGCAACACGUGCGUUUGACGGCAGCAUGGACGACGCCAAAAUUGCGUGUGUCUGCAAGGAUAUUCGAUCGCUUCAACUCACCUGGAAACCCUCCAGCAGUCAGUCUGCCCAGCAGUAUGUUGGUGCGCAAUUGAUGACCAGAAAGACCCAGCUCAAGGUUCCAGUUAGGCUGACGCCGCGUUCGGUGGACGUGGCGGAGAUGCAGAUGGCUAUCCAGGCCGCCCGUGGUGAUGAGAAUUGA